AUGAAGCACUUUCAAGACCUGACCACGGAUUCGGAUGUUCAGAUUUUCGGUCACACGUAUCGGAUCCGCGCAUUCGCCGACUAUUCCUCCACCACUAAAGGCGCAAGUGGCCACUAUCAAGCAUGUGUUCGAGAGGAUGGAAAGAUGCACUGUGUGAGCGAUAGGACAGUGAGAGAGAUUGUAGAUGAACUGGACUUGGAUAGCUACAUUACGACCUUAAUUCUUUUUGAGAAAAUUUAA